GCCUCAACACAGCUGCAUCCGGUUGCACUGCAGCACCGAAGUUUGCUACUAAUUCUUUUUCUGCGGCUUUUUUGCCCCUCUAACCUACCCCUGAGAAUGAACCCAUUAACGUUACACACCUUUACGUCUUUUUAAACCAUAAAGUGAAACAUGGUGCCAUUAAAGAGAAGGAAAGUCUCCUCAGGUGCUGGUAGUGCUGGGAGUGCAGAUAGAGUACCUGCCAAAUUCCCUCAGGUUGUUUUAUUCCUGUUGGAAAGAAAAAUGGGAGCCAGUCGAAGAACUUUUCUCUCUCAGCUCGGUCGAAAGAAAGGAUUUCAGGUGGAGGAGUUAUUCAGUGAGAGUGUCACACAUGUGAUUUCUGAGAAUAACUCUGGAGAUGAGGUCCGGACCUGGCUCAACUCCCAGGUCGGUGGAGGCCAAACAGCUGCUCACCUUCUGGACAGUAGCUGGUACACGGAGAGCAUGAAGGCAGGACAUCCAGUCGAAAUCCUGGAUAGACAUAAACUACAGGAGCAGCAGGUAAAUGAAUCGAAGGAUGUGGAGUGUAUCGUACCCAGCUACGCCUGUCAGAGAAGGACCACUCUGGAAAACCACAACACCGUCCUCACUGAUGCGUUGUCACUCCUGGCUGAAAACGCUGAGCUCAAUGAUGAGGAAGGACGAGGUGUUGCGUUUCGACGAGCCACUGCCGUGUUGAAGGUUCUCCCAAAACCGGUGACAGACAUGACGCAGCUCAGAGGGCUUCCCUGUCUCGGAGGACAUUCACUUAGAGUCAUCAAAGACAUUUUGGAAAAUGGAGCGUCCAGUGAAGUUGAGUUUACAAAGCAAUCGGAGCGCUUUAAAGCACUGAAGGUGUUAACAGGUAUUUUUGGAGUUGGGGCAAAAACAGCAGAGCGAUGGAUCAGAGAGGGGAUACACAGCCUUCACCAGUUACAGGAUUCAGCACACACACUCAAUAGAGCUCAAAAAGCAGGUCUGGAGCACUAUGAGGACCUCAACCAGCCGGUCACUAAGGCAGAGGGUGACGCGAUCAGAGAGGUUGUGGAGAAAGCUGUCGUGUCUGUGUUACCAGGGGCAGAGAUUACUCUGAUUGGAGGAUUCAGGAGAGGGAAGCUGACAGGCCAUGAUGUGGACUUUCUGAUUACACACCCAGAGGAGGGCAGAGAGGUUGGGCUGAUGCCUAAAGUCGUGUCCUGGUUGGAAUCAAAGGGUUUCUUGUUGUACCAGAAAACUACAGGAAACUCCUACCUGGAAUCAAAGGACGGUCCUGCUCGGCCUUCCUCCAACAUGGACCGCUUCGAGAGGUGCUUCUCCAUCUUUAAACUGCCUGAGGAUGCCAAACAAGGAACACAACAGAUAGAAACACUGAGCAAAAACACACCUGAGCACAUGUGUAGUCUUGCAGGCCCCUCGCUGGUUAAAGUUGAAGUGAAUGAGUCGACAAACUGCGCCAAGCUCAAACCAUGGAGAGCUGUAAGGGUGGACCUGGUGGUGGCGCCCUUCAGCCAGUUUGCUUUUGCUCUGCUAGGCUGGACAGGAUCAAAGUUGUUUGAGAGAGAGCUACGACGCUGGGCAGGGCACGAGAAGGCCAUGUCUCUGAGCAGCCACGCUCUGUACGAUAACAAACAGAGUAAGUACCUGAGAGCUUCAUCAGAGGAGGAGAUAUUUGCUCAUCUCGGUCUGGAGUACUUCCCUCCGUCAGAGAGAAACGCCUGACCAGAGCUGAUGUUCUCCUGCAGGAGGAACAACCAGGUACCAUGUGAGGGUUAUUCCUGCAGACAGGAGGGAGCAGGGAGGAUUAAUGUAGCCUUAGCUGAGUGUUUGGAUCAAAAAACCUAAACAGCGAAGAGGCUUUAUUGAUGCGGGCGUGUUACUUCCAGAUCCAUGAAUAUUAAAUAACAACAUCCAUGACUUUGAAGGUUUAUCAGAUGCCAAAAGAAUACAAUUUGAUAGAUUUUAGAUCUCAAAUGCAAUUAUUUGAUCAUUGGUCGCAACUAUCGCAGGGUUUGAAACGCAAGAAGAUGGAAUAAGAGAAAUAUGAUGAAGGAAUACAGAACAUUUUUCCUCAUAACUUUAACUGGAUAAAAAAAAUGUGCUCGUCAACGUGGGAUUUUGUGUGCGGUUCCUCAGUGUUACCCUCACGCUGCACCGCUGAACUGGCCUUUUAAAAUGUAUGAGAGUUGCAGCGUUUUUAUUGCCUUUUAUUGCACUUUUCUGCACAUUAAUAUGAACUGAAUUCCAAAAAUGGUAUCUUAAAACAAUAUUUGCAUUGUUGGGGAAACUGUAUUUCCUUUAAUAAAUCACCUACAUGAAGGCUAUGCUUUUCAGUUUGUGUUUUAGAGAGGUCUUUAUUCAUCUUUAUGAUCAUCUUGGAUGCGUGUUGUUGUGCUGUCUAUCUGUAGGACUUGCUUAUUAGUUUCAGUUUAGUCCUGGCAAAUUAUUUUAUUUAUUUUUUAAACUGAGGUAUAAUAACUGCUCUAAUCUUGCGGCUUCCUUUACACCGGCCUUUAAGAAGGUAUUUGUUUUAAGCUGCUGAACUGUACGAUCUGUUCUUAAUACCUUUCAAUAAACUGUCUUGAAGUUGAA